UCUAGGGUGGGACCAAACCGGUGAAUUCUCCCUCUCUACCCCGAUUUAUCAGAUCACAUCCAGGCCACAGACUAGCUCCUCCUUGGAUCUAAUUCUGCAUUUGUCUUCCCUUUCCCUAUACUGGAGCCCUUAUGUACGACGACCUGUACAUCCAUGGCUUCGAAGACUCCGAGGUGGGUUCUGCUGAUUCCUACACAAGUCGUCCAUCGUUAGACUCCGACGUGUCACUGGAGGAGGAUCGUGAGGCUGCCCGCCGCGAGGUGGAGAGGCAGGCUCAGCAACAGCUCGAUAGAGCCAGGCUCAAGCCAGUUGCCUUUGCUGUUAGAACCAAUGUCAGUUACUGUGGUGCAUUGGAUGAAGAAUGCCCAGUUCAGGGAACUGCUAUCAACUUUGAAACCAAAGAUUUUCUACAUAUCAAAGAGAAAUACAACAAUGACUGGUGGAUCGGGAGGCUAGUGAAAGAAGGGGGAGACAUCGCCUUUAUUCCGAGCCCUCAGAGGCUAGAGGCCAUUCGAGUGAAACAAGAGCAGAAAGCAAGGAGGUCUGGUGGUAACACCUCUGGUUUGGGAGACAUCGGAAAUCGGCGUUCGCCUCCCCCAUCUAUAGCCAAACAGAAGCAAAAACAGACAGAGCACAUCGCGCCCUAUGAUGUUGUUCCAUCAAUGCGGCCAGUAGUUCUUGUCGGCCCAUCUCUCAAAGGAUAUGAGGUGACAGACAUGAUGCAGAAAGCCCUUUUUGACUUCAUGAAGCACAGAUUUGACGGCAGGAUCUCCAUCACCCGGGUAACAGCUGACUUGUCGCUAGCCAAGCGCUCUCUACUUAAUAACCCAGGACGGAGAGCCAUCAUUGAACGCUCAAGUACUCGCUCCAGCAUAGCGGAGGUACAAAGUGAAAUUGAGAGGAUAUUUGAGCUUGCCAAGACUCUCCAGCUAGUUAUUCUUGAUGCGGAUACAAUCAAUCAUCCUACUCAGCUGGCCAAAACAUCCUUGGCACCCAUCAUCGUCUAUGUCAAAGUUUCUUCUCCUAAGGUGUGA